AUGACAUCAAUUACAGAAAAAGUUAAUGAAUUAUCAGUUGAUUUAGAUAAAGUUAAUAGUUUGGGUAUACUUAGAUUACUAAGACAAUGCGAUUCACAAAUUUUUUCAGGUUAUUUGGAUUAUCAAUCUAUUGUUGAUAAAGAGAUAGAAGAGGAAGUUAUUUUAUUGGUUGAAAGAAUAGUUGAACAAUUAAAUCAAGGUUUUUCCAUCAAUGUGGUAUCAACUGGUGCAGGUACAAGUGGCAGAUUAGCUUUCUUUAUUUCUCGUUCUUUCAAUAAAAUACUCAAAGAAAAAGGAUAUGAAAACCAAGUUAAAUUCAACUAUUUAAUUGCAGGUGGCGAUUUAUGCUUAACUGUUGGUAUGGAAGGUGCUGAAGAUAAUAUCCAUCAAGCUGUAAAUGAUAUUAAAUCGCAAUUAAACCAAGAAAAUGACAAGGAAAUUAUAGUAUAUAUCGGUAUUACCUGUGGUUUUAGUGCACCUUAUGUAGCAGCUCAAUUAGAUUUCCUUUUAAAUGAAAAUACAAAAGAAAAUGCCAAAAAACAACACAUCAUCUCAUUAAUGGGCUUUAACCCAAUAGAAUUAGCAAGAAAGUUAAAAAUCGAAAAGUGGGAAUAUUCAUUCAAUGAUAUUGUCGAAAGAUUAAACAAAUUAAAGCAUCAGCAAGAAUCAAAAUCUAGAAAUUAUUUUAUUUUAAAUCCAAUUUUUGGCCCAGAACCAUUAACUGGUUCAACAAGAAUGAAAUCUGGUUCAGGUACAAAGAUUUUAAUCGAACUAAUUUUUUCAUUAGUUUUAAAUCAUUGGAAAUCAAAUGAAUUCAAAUUACAGCUCAAUGGUGAUCAUCAACAACACUCACUAAAAUCAAAAUACUAUUUAAUCUUAAAAAAUUACGAACAGACAUGCAGAGAAACAUAUUACAAUAUCGAGCCUUUAUCAAAAGUAAUUGAAUCAGUCGGAAAUAGUUUAAAGAAGCGUUCUCACUUAUAUUAUUUAGCACCAGAGUCAUUAGGUAUUGUUGGUUUUAUCGAUGCAUCCGAAACCCUUCCUACUUUUGGAGCUCGUCCAUUAGAUGUUUGUGGUUUCCUUAUGAAUAGCAGUGGUGAAGAGGGUUGGUCAGUUAUGAAUAACCGUGAAGGUGACCUUUCAAGUGUUUCAGAUCAAUAUAAAAUCUCCCAAAAAGAUUUUACAAACAGAGUCUUACCAAAUACAACACAGGAUGAUACAAUCGUAAUUAGCAUUGGCUCAAUUCAACAAUUAAACCAAUUCAAGAGUGAAAUAGUACCAUCAUUAAUUCAACAUAUUAAACCAAACCAAUCAGUCAAUCUCAUUUACUUCAAACAAGAUAAUAAUGAUGACAAAAUUUUAGACAAGGAAAUUACAGAGCUCUCAAAUUCAAAUUUUACCUCCAAUAUCAAUUUUAUUAAAAUUCAAUUAAGCAAUAGCGAAAUCAUCAGCGGCUUACCAUGUUUCUAUGAAAUAUCAUUGAAAUGGAUUUUAAAUUCUUUAACUACUGGUGGUUUUGUUUUGGCUGGUAAAGUUUAUGGUAAUAGAAUGAUUGAUUUAGGUUUAACAAAUAAUAAACUCUUUUAUAGAUCAUGUGGAAUUAUCAACAGUAUUAUGAAGUUAAAUGACGAGGAAUUAGCCCGUAAAUAUUUAAUUUGUUCAGUUUACUCCAUCAAUUCAAUAAACGAUAUACCUCAAGAAAUUUUAGAGUUACCAGUUUAUCGUCACAUUGAAUACUGUGAAGAGUCAAAGAUUAAAUCAAUUGUUCCUGUUGCUUUACUUUUAGCUUCUGGUAAAUUUUCUUCACCUUCUUUAAUACGUGAUGAAAUCUGUAAACAACCAAUUAUUAGAUUGUUAUUAGAUCAACACAAACCAAAAUAA